CACGCUAGCGAUUCAUUUAGAUCCCCGAUCUUGUCGGAAAAACUCCAUUUUUCUCGGUUUUCCUCGAUCCAACCUUGCUUGUGGCCGCGCCACCGCCAUCGUCUCCGUCUCCACUCCCCUCCCUCGCUGAUCUGGAGAAGGGAGACAAGGAGAAAGAGGGAUUGUUGGUCUUGAUUGAGGGAUGGAGGAGGAAAAGCAGCAGACUUCGUAUACGUAUUGGGUGAGAGACACUAAGGCAGACGCCGCGCCGAUGCCGGUGCCCCGCAAACUCUCCGCCGACGAUAUUUCAAAUCAGACGCAGCCUGCCACCCUUGGCUCCGUCUGGAAUCAGGCUGGAACUUGGGAAGAAAAAAAUCUUAAUUCAUGGGCAAGUAAUAGAAUAAAGGAGUUGCUUACAUCUCUAAAGUCCCUGGAGUUUUCUGGUGGUAAAGCCGAUAUCAAUGAAGUGUCCAAAUGUGAUGGUGAUGCAUUCUUGGUCACUGUUCGCAACAAGAAGCGAGUUGGUUAUACAUAUGAACUGACUUUGAAGUUCAAAGGAGAAUGGUUAUUAAACAAGGAGGCAAAGAAGAUUAAAGGCCACCUGGAUAUUCCAGAAUUCUCAUUCGGUGAACUUGAAGACUUGCAGAUCGUGGUGAGACUCAGUGAGGAGAAGGAUCUUGCUGCAGAGGAUAAAACAAGGGUCACUCAAGAUCUUGGGUUAUUUUUGCCACCCAUUCGAGAAAAACUACUGCAGUUUGAGCAAGAGCUGAAAGACAGAUAGGAAGAAAAGUCCCUUCUGUGACACGGCCAUGUUUAAUUCAAGCAAUUGGUCUAGUGUAUUACUGAACUCUUUUAUGUUGUAGAACUAGUAACAAAUCCCAUGGAUUGCUACUGUUUAAUCUAAGCAUUUUGGAUUUGUUGUUAUACUGAUGCCAUUGGAGAUUCUUUCACUCCAUCCCGAGCUAUAUACUGAAUACUGGUUUCUGUGUUUGGAA